GUGUUGGGCCGAAUGGCCUAAUUCUGCUCGAUAACUUACGAACAGAUGAUCUGACUUUCAUGAGACUAUUCUUUGUGGGCUCUUGCUGUGGGCAUGCUGGCCACCUUAAGGCGAUGUGUAGGAAAGAACUGCAGAUGCUGGUUUACACCGUGAAUAGACCCCAAAAGCUGGAGCAACGGCGGGACAAGCAGCAUCUCUGAAGAGGAGGAAUGGGGACGUUUCGGGUCGAGACAUUUCUUCAGACUUCAAGGCAGAGUGUAAUUUUGAGUUUGCGAUCUCUCCGCCAGGUUUGUCCUUUCCUCCCACCCAUCGGCCGGGCCUUGACGAAGCGUCUCCAUGGAGCUGGACAAGGAGACGAAGUUUAAACCGGCUGCGCUGUCCCCGGCGGGACCCGCCGAGCCGCCGAUGGCCGGGGAAGCGGCGGGGACUCUGGCCGCCGCCUCGGGAAAAGCCGAGGCCUCGGUGGAAGAGGCGGGCCCGGCGGCGGGCGGCGGGAGCCAGACCGAUGGGGAGAGCGCGGACAAAGCGGCCGAGCCGCGGGACGGGGGCGGCGGCGGCGAGGAAGAGGAUGACGAGGAUGGAGACGCCGGGCAGCAGGCCAAGAAACUGCGGGUCGAGCCGCCCCGGGACAAGAAGGACAAGAAGCAGAGAGUGGACGAAGAUGAAAUCCAGAAGAUGCAGAUCCUGGUUUCGUCAUUUUCAGAGGAGCAGUUAAAUCGCUAUGAGAUGUAUCGCCGCUCUGCUUUUCCCAAAGCUGCGAUUAAAAGGCUGAUUCAGUCAAUCACUGGCUGCUCAGUAUCGCAGAACGUAGUGAUUGCCAUGUCGGGUAUAUCAAAAGUCUUUGUGGGUGAAGUGAUGGAAGAAGCUCUCGAUGUCUGUGAUAAAUGGGGAGAAACACCACCAUUGCUGCCAAAACACAUGCGAGAAGCAGUACGACGGCUGAAAUUGCGUGGACAAAUCCCAAAUACAAAGUACAAGAAGGUGUCAUUCCAUUAACAAGAAACCAGCACGUGACUGUUUAGACUCUGAACCAAAACUGAACUCUGAACUAAAUGCAUCAGUGAGUUCAAUUUUGUCCUUUGUGAAUUGUGUUGAGUCUCCAACCAGGUUUGUAUUUUUUACAAAUUGAAGAUGUUCAGAUUCUGGGAGAAUAUAGAUCCUCUGAAGGAGAUUGAAGUUUUGCGAAUCUGUUUAAUUUGGUAAACCACAUAACAUCCACAUUUUUUGGUUUUACUGAAUGAGCAAAAACCCUUAUGAAAUGUUUUUGUCCAAUCAUGGGCGCUUUGCUCUACUUUGACAAGGCAGCUUGGUGGAGAGAUAUUAUUAUGGGACUACUUGACAUUCUGCUCCAGAAUUGCACAGCUAAAAAUUGUGAAUACUAUAUUCUGCAGAUACGACUAUAAAUAAAGCUUGGACAGUUCAGAUUAAAGUUUAUAUUAUGCAUUUGAA